GACAACCUCUUUUCUCUCGCCUCUCUUGCUGUGAAGAUGGCGCUCUCCAGGGUGUGCUGGGCUCGGUCGGCUGUGUGGGGCUCGGUAGUCACCCCUGGACAUUUUUUCACCCGGAGGCUGCAACUUGGUCGCUCUGGCCUGGCUUGGGGGGCCCCUCGGUCUUCAAAGCUUCACCUUUCUCCAAAGGCAGAUGUGAAGAACUUGAUGUCUUACGUGGUAACCAAGACAAAAGCGAUUAAUGGGAAAUAUCAUCGUUUCUUGGGUCGUCAUUUCCCCCGCUUCUAUGUCCUGUACACAAUCUUCAUGAAAGGAUUGCAGAUGUUAUGGGCUGAUGCCAAAAAGGCUAGAAGAAUAAAGACAAAUAUGUGGAAGCACAAUAUAAAGUUUCAUCAACUUCCAUACCGGGAGAUGGAGCAUUUGAGACAGAAAGCCUUGAGCCGGGCCAUGCUUCUCACAUCUUACCUGCCUCCUCCCUUGUUGAGACAUCGUUUGAAGACUCGUACAACUGUGAUUCACCAACUGGACAAGGCUUUGGCAAAGCUGGGGAUUGGCCAGCUGACUGCUCAGGAAGUAAAAUCGCUGCUUCUUGUCACCUCUGAGAAAUGAAACAAAAAAAGAUGAGAUACCUCCACAGCCUAAGAAUCCUGUCAUGCUUGUUUUCUUUUAAAGAAAAAAAAAAAAAUUUUUUUUUUUUUUUUUAAAGAGACAGGGAAUCACUCUGUAACCCAGGAUGGAGUGCACUGGUGUGAACUCAGCUCACUGCAGCCUCAACCUCCUGGACUCAAGAGAUCCUCCUACCUCAGCCUCCCAAGUAGCUAGGAUUAGAGGUGUGAGCCACCGUGCCUAGCCGUGUGCUCUUUGCUUACUCUGUUGAUGGAGGAGGGUUGUGGAAUUGGAGAGUGUUCACAGCCAUAGGGAAAGCACCCCUGAAUGGGCCUCCCAUGUUCAGUGGCACCCACACCUCACCACGCUGACCCUGGUGUAGAUAUACUAUCUCAGGCCAACUUGGACGGACCUGGCAUUUAAUCCCAGCCUGGCUGCAGGCACACGCUUCUGGGUCACAAUACAGUCGGCAGUCACAACCACAUUCUUCCCGUGACAGGCGGAUGGCUCGAAGUUCUUGCUUCUCUUCAGCAUCAAUGCGGUGGACCCCAGAAGCCCUCAGCAGGGCCCGUCGCCGUUUGGUGGGCAGAGGCUGCAGGAAGAAGUAAUCAUCCACCUCCACAUUUUCCACAUCAAUAUCUUCAUCUGACACAUCAUCCAGCGUCAGGCCAUCGGCCUCCACCGACUCCACUGUCCCAUUCUUGGUCAGCUGCCAAGAGACAGGAAAGGUUAGCCUCAUAGACAUGAGUGGCAUGCACCUCCUCAGUGACCAUCCCAGAGCAGCGCUGUCCCUUGAACUUUCUGCAGUCAUGGGAACAUCUGUGCUGUCCAAAAUGAUGGCAGCUGCUAGCACAUGUGGCUACUGACCACUAGAAAUGCGGCAACUGGAAAACUGUCAUUUUAUUUAUUUAUUUUUUUGAGAGAAGAGUCUUAUUCUGUCGUCCAGGCGGGAGUGCAGUGGUACGAUCUUGGCUCACUACAACCUCCACCUCCUGGGUUCAAGUGAUUCUCCUGCCUCCCAGGCAGUUGGGAUUACAGGUGUGAGCUACCACGCCUGGCUAAUUUUUUCUAAUUUUAGUAGAGACAGGGUUUCACUGUGUUGGCCAGGCUAGUCUUGAACUCCUGGCCUCAAGUGAUCCACACACCUCGGCCUCCCAAAGUGCUGGGGUCCACUGUGCCAGCCCAAUUUACAUAAUUUUAAUGAAUAGCCAUAUGUGACUACUGGCUGCUAUAUUUACUAGCACUGGUCGAAAGAAUAAAUCCAGAGUAGGAAGAUGGGAAAUCUUAUGCACCAUGACCUUUCUGGGUCCAACCUUCUCAAAAACCCGUCUCAUCUUCCCUCCUACACCAAAAUCUAUUUCCACAAACAUACCCUCCAUUUCCAGACACGUGUCCCCUAAUUUACGCUCACUUGCCUUCUAACACAGAGAGAGAAAGGUACAUGACUGGAUGAUGCUUGGAUAUAUAGAAAAAUGUGAAACACCCUUCAACUUGCACCCACUGCAUGCAAAACUAUGUUCUUGAAAAAAAGGGCACAUUGAAGUGUAGUAAAAGGCUACCAGGUCUUCACCAAUGAACCCAAAUCCCCAGUGUGGACAAUUAUCUGCGCAUGCACUUAAAGAGCUCCAUUUUACUGUCAGGAGAAAAAGCAAAUAUAUUAACAGGUACUAAAGAAAGCCCUUAGCUGAGAAAA